AUGGUUAUUGUGUUUCUUCUUUUUCUUUACAUUCAUGUGGGAAAUUGCCAAAUAACAACAGCGAAAACACCGAAUUGGCUUCACAAUUGUUCAUUUUUAAAUGAUAUAUACCUCUCAAACGCUGCAGUUUCCGAUCAGUUUCAAUUUAAUAAUUAUACAUCAAUUAGUCUUACAGCGAAUUUCGCUUUUACACCCUCAUCAUUUUCAUUGUCAUCGUUUGAAUUUGGCCUUAUAUAUCGAUUUCCUACAUCGAAUUAUCUUGUGCCCUUUCCUGUUAUCUUUGAUUGUGCAUCUAUUGUUCACUCUUGCCAAUUGAAAACCAUUACAGGUACAACAACGGCAUUACGAGAUUCUGAACCCAUACGUGUACAAUUAACACCAUUUAAUUAUAUGUCAACAAUUACAAGAACUCCAUUUAAUCAAAUGGGUUUAUAUUUAAAACAAGGACGAUAUGAGAUAAGUAAUUGCUCAUUGAAUAAUGGACAACAAACGACGGAUCCAAAAACGAUUUUCAAUAUUCAAAUACAAUAUGAAAAACCUGUUGGAAGUUCAUGUAAUCCAACGAAUGAUAUAUGUGGUUCACCUUCUUUAACAAAUUGCUCGUCAUCAACAUGCACUUGCCAUUCGUUAUCAAGUGCUCUUGUAUCUUACUCCGAUUCAUUAUAUUGUGCUGAUAUGUUGAGUAUUUCGAAUUGUAAAACGUUUCCAUCACGCUGUGUGACAUGGUGCAAUGGAACAAGCAACUAUCUAUGUAUUUGUCCAUCAGGUUCAUUUAAAUUUCAACGAAAUAAUGUCUUCAUUUGCCAAUUACCAAUUAAUUCAAAUAAUUGUUCGAUUAGUGAUAAUGAUGUACAGCGUUGUCCAUCUGAGCAAUGUUGUAUAAAUGGACAAUGUAUCGAUUGUUCGAUGACGUCAACAACAUCAAAGACACUAAAUAUGAACGAUAGUUCUGUUGAUGAUCGUAAUCGAAUAAUAUUUGGUAUUGUAGUUGGUCUACUUGGUACAUCAGUAGUUGUUCUUUUGGGUGCAUUUUUAUGGUUAAAUAACAAACAAAAGCGACGUCAACAAAGAGCUGAAAAAUCCCAUUCACCGUCAUAUGCUUCAUCAACAUCAUCACUUUAUAUUUCACCAAAUCAACGGCAUGAUACAUUUCCAUCGUCGAUGUCAAUGCUCUAUCAGUUGCCACUUAAUGAAGAAAAUAAAAAUAAAACAAUUCAUCGAACUGAUUCCUUCCGACAAGCAGUUUUAUCCGGUAAUCGACAAAAGCAAAUAACUGAACGUGUAUCAACAAAACGAGAUAGUUUUACUCAUCAAAAAGGUGGCUGGUCAUCACCGACAUUUAGCGCAUUGGAAUUUAUGACACCAUCCAUGAAUAAUCAAAAUCAAUCAUUUGAUUUAGAUAAAGAAAAUAAUAAUAUUUAUCAUAUCAUUGUUCCACCAACAUCAAUGCAUACUCAUGCUGUGUAA